AUGGGGACAGAGGCAACCGAAACGCCGCUAACCACGGACGACCUUCUGGAGAAAGAAGAGAUUUCUCCGAUAGAGCAAGUCCGGCUAACGGUGUCGAUCACAGACGACGUGUCGCAGCCGGUGUGGACGUUCCGGAUGUGGUCUCUGGGUCUAUUAUCCUGCUGCGUCAUGUCGUUCGUCAACCAGUUCUUCAGUUACCGGAAGGAGCCACUGGUGAUCACCCAGAUCACCGUCCUCGUGGCGUCCCUCCCCAUCGGACGGUUCAUGGCGUCCGUACUUCCCAGUAGAAAGUUUCGGAUCCCCGGGUUCGGGUCGAAGGAGUUCUCGUUCAACCCGGGUCCGUUUAACAUGAAGGAGCAUGUGCUUAUUUCAAUAUUUGCCAACGCCGGAAGCGCUUUCGGGGGCGGGUCGGCGUAUGCGGUGGGGAUUGUGACGAUUAUCAAGGUUUUCUAUUGGAGGAGCAUCUCUUUCUUCGCCUCUUGGCUUCUCGUCAUCACUACGCAGGUUCUGGGUUACGGCUGGGCUGGGCUUAUGAGGAAGUACGUGGUUGAGCCGGCGCAUAUGUGGUGGCCGAGUACCCUCGUCCAGAUUUCACUUUUCCGGACACUCCACGAGAAAGAGGAAGAAGGGGAGAGGCGAAUCUCGAGGAUGAAAUUCUUCCUAAUAGCACUGGGAGGCAGCUUCGUAUGGUACAUGUUCCCAGGCUACAUCUUCCAGACGCUUCAGAGCAUAUCAUGGGUGUGCUGGGCCUUCCCCCACUCAGUAACGGCCCAGCAACUCGGGUCGGGUUUCUCGGGGCUCGGGUUCGGGGCGUUCUCUCUGGACUGGUCCACGGUGGCGUCGUUCCUGGGCAACCCUCUGAUCAGCCCGUUCUUCGCCAUCGUGAACAUCUUCGUGGGGUACGUGGCGCUCAUCUACGUGGUGAUGCCCGUUUCGUACUGGGGGUUCAACGUUUUCAGCGCCAAAACGUUCCCCAUUUUCUCGUCGGAUUUGUUCAGCUCCGAUGGGCAGGAGUAUGAUAUUACGUCCAUUGUGAACGACCGGUUCGAGUUGAACCAGGACGCGUAUAAUAAGGUGGGAAGGGUCAAUUUGAGCUCCUUCUUCGCUAUCACUUAUGGAUUUGGUUUCGCCGCCAUUGCCGCCACGCUUACUCACGUUGCCUUGUUUCAUGGGAGGGAGAUUGUUAAAAAAUUCCGAGCAGCUUCAGAAGGAAGAGAAGACAUCCACACGAGGCUGAUGAGGAACUACAAGGACAUACCAUCGUGGUGGUUUCAUAUACUUCUAUUACUCGCAAUCGCCGCUUCUCUUGCGCUCUGUAUCUUCCUCAAGAAACAGGUUCAGUUGCCAUGGUGGGGUCUUAUUUUUGCAGCCGCCCUCGCUUUCAUUUUCACUCUCCCAAUAAGCAUUAUCACUGCCACCACAAAUCAGACUCCAGGACUUAAUAUUAUAACAGAGUAUUUAAUGGGAGUGAUAUAUCCGGGAAGGCCAAUAGCCAAUGUCUGCUUCAAGACAUAUGGAUAUAUAAGUAUGGCUCAGGCAGUCAGCUUUCUUAGUGACUUCAAAUUAGGACAUUAUAUGAAGAUUCCUCCCAGAUCAAUGUUCCUUGUUCAGCUGAUUGGCACAAUAGUAGCAGGGACAGUCAACAUCAGCGCGGCAUGGUGGCUGUUAACGACCGUGGAUGGAAUCUGCCAUCAAAGCGCUUCCUCAAACAGCCCAUGGACUUGCCCUAACGACCGCGUCUUCUUCGACGCGUCGGUCAUAUGGGGCUUGGUCGGACCCAAGCGCAUCUUCGGCUCCCAAGGAAACUACUCCGCUCUCAACUGGUUUUUCCUCGGCGGAGUCCUCGGCCCCUCCCUCGUCUAUCUCCUCUCCCGAUUAUUUCCCAGCCAAACUUGGAUCCCGCUCAUCAACCUCCCAGUCCUCUUCGGCGCCACCGCCUACAUGCCCCCCGCGGCGCCGAUUAAUUACAACUCCUGGAUUCUAGUCGGCACGGUCUUCAACUACUACGUGUUCGGGUACCGGAAAAGGUGGUGGCAGAGGUACAACUACAUUUUGUCGGCGGCGCUGGACGCCGGCGUCGCGUUCAUGGCGGUUCUGAUUCACUUCGCGUUUGGGGUUAGAAAUGUGCAUAUGAAUUGGUGGGGGUCCAAUCCUGUUGACACUGAUCACUGUUUGCUGGCGAGCUGCCCCACCGCCAAGGGCGUCGUCGUUGACGGUUGCCCCGUGUUCUAACGCCGGUAUAUAUGUUUAAAGUCCGACAUGUCGUACUCGUUGAUUUGGUCGUCGUUUGAGUGUGAAGAAUUACUGUAAUUUACACUUCCACUUUUCCCUUCCGUGUGUGUAGUUUGAACUUUGAAGCUUGUUUUGGGAGUUGAAAAGUUGCAUUUCUUUUUUUUUUCUCUC